AUGACUCUUUCCGAGAUGAUCAAGCAGAAGUGUCCUAGUUUGUAUGGUAACAAGGCGUACUUUAGGCCUGUCUGGUGGCUCCCUGGCGGAAACCUUCAAACCGUCUGGUGCGUCAUUGCUGAGCUGUUCUUCCGUGACGAGAUACCGUAUCAGAGGCAAUUGUUGCGAACCGCGGAUGGCGGGACCUUGAGUCUAGACGUUUACCCUCCCUUCGUAUCCCGAGAUGAUCCUACUCCGAUUCUAUUCAUUCUCCACGGGUUAACAGGCUCAACCCAAGAAAGCUACAUUCGUGCUACGGUCAAAGAUGUUAUUCGACCCAGGGAACAAGGUGGUGCUGGCAUUCGAGUUGUUUCUAUGAACUUCAGGGGGUGUGAUGUGGAUACGCCUGUUACUACCCCAAGGUUAUACCAUGCUGGAGAGACGGACGAUACUCGGACAGCCCUCUUAUGGUUAUCGAACACAUAUCCCGAAGCCCCGUUAUUCGGUUGUGCAUUCAGCAUGGGCGCUUGCACCAUGGCGUGCUAUCUUGGCCAAGAAGGGGAGGAUACCCCACUCAAAGGUGCUAUUUGCAUAUCUAACCCCUUCAAUUGGGUAACCUCCACACACUUUAUCGAAAAUGGGGGUUUCCUCUGCAAGUACGUCUACGGUCCAAUCCUCGCUGAUGCGCUUCUCGCGGUGUUCAAGAAUAAUCGAUACGCAUUUGAAACCGACAAACGCCUCGAUCUUAAGGACAUAUACUCUAAACGAUACGUCACCAUUCGAUGGUUUGACGACCGUGUGACGGCUCCGUUGAACAAAUUCCGCGAUGCGUGGGAUUAUUAUACGCAAGCGAGCAGUUACCAGUGGAUACCGGGCAUCAAGAUUCCUCACCUGACGCUUCAUUCGGAGGACGAUCCAAUGGUUGCACCUCGUAAUUUGCCGCACAAGGAAAUUGAGAACAGUAGCCAUGUUGUGAUGGCGAGUACACAUGCAGGUGGUCAUGUCGCAUGGUUCACGGAUAAGGAGUCAAGGUGGUUCACUAUACCUACGAAAGAAUGGGUUCUUGCACUUUUAGACGUGAGUGGCUAUCAUUCCUUCCAAAUGAAUGGUGCGGUCUUAGUGGCUCUUGCGUUCAACAGGUCGACCCCUCCCCCAAACGGCCUGUACCUGCGUUACCGGUAGACGCAAAGGGGAUUGUUCGGUCUCAGCAAUGGCCUGACCGUAUUGGGUACAAGUGCCUCGAUAGCGCUGAAGGGUUGAUGACUGCCAGGAUUUACAAUCAAGACGCUCAGGCGCCAGCCAUUGGAUCGUGAACCUCACUUCCAAGCCAGAGAUUUCCGAUCACGGUUGUGUUAUUAUUUUCACUUAUUAAGCUGGGUAGUUCAACGCGUAUUGGUCUCCUAGCGUACAUCCAUUCCACUGCUGCACCAGACACGGCACGCAGUCCACUGUCCUUGUUGCAUUCCAAGCACUAGAGUCCAUUGCUGUCAUGUCAAACACGUGUUUGACUUCCUCUCU